AUGGGCAAUGGUCGAUACCGACUAGUUGGCAAGCUUGGAUAUGGCGGUUACUCGACUAUAUGGCUCGCCCGAGACCUCCAAAGGGCCAAAACGGGCAGCGAGAUCAUUCCACCCCUGAUCGACGAAUUUUGGGCUGUCGGUCCCAAUGGGAAACAUAGGUGUCUUGUCACUCCGCCCGCGCAGAUGGGUCUGUUCGAUGCGAAAGAAGCCUCGACGUUCGGCCUUUUCCACCGAAGGUGGCGCGGUCGAAUAUCGCUCAGCUUGUUCGCUGGGUGGCCUUCUUACAGAGUGAAGGCAUUGUACACGGCGGUAUGUGAACUUGGUAACAUCCUAGUCCAAUUCCCUGACUCAAUCGACUCUUAUUCCCCGUCAGAACUAUACGAAAAAUACGGAGACCCAGACCCAGAGGCCGUUGUUCGCCUCGACGGCACGCCCCUCUCAACCAAUGUCCCUGAGCAAGUCUUCAUGCCCAGUUGGUACGGCAUUCCCAGCAACGAGAUUCCCCUUGGACAGGAACGCAUCGUCCUCAGCGACUUCGGCGAAUCGUUCAACCCUCAUCGAACAUCCCGAUUCUCGUCCAAGACACUACCACUCCUACAACCUCCCGAAGCCCGAUUCUCUAACGCCCCGCUCUCCUUCUCCUCAGACAUUUGGACGCUCGCGUGUAACAUCUGA